CUGCUAUGUGGCAGGGAGCUCUGCUCCUCCGGGCGCCGGGGGCCCCCCUCACGUGACACCCCAUGUGACAUGUGAUAUCUUCCUUGUUCCGGCGCUUUCAAGAUGGCGGCGGCGGUUAGGGGUCGGCGGUUCAAGUGGUCGCUGGAGCUGGCGGCGGCGGCGGGGGGGCGGCCUCGCGGAGCCGCCGAAGGCCGCGGGCCGCUGGGGUUCGCCGAGCGGCAGCUGGGGGAGGGCGGCGUCCACGAGAGCGACAAAAUCCUCAUGGAGAAGCGCUGCUGGGACGUGGCACUGGCGCCGCUGAAGCAGAUCCCCAUGAACCUGUUCAUCAUGUACAUGGCCGGCAACACCAUCUCCAUCUUCCCUGCCAUGAUGGUCUGCAUGAUGGGCUGGCGCCCACUGCAAGCCCUCAUGUCCCUCUCAGCCACGCUGAAGGCACUGGAGAGCUCAAGCCGGCGGGCACUGCAGGGGCUCGUGUUCCUGGUGCGCCCAGACACUGGGGUCCCCCUGCCCCUGCUGCCCUGGAUGCCAGGGUUCCCCCUGGCCUGAACACCAGGAUCCCCCCAUUCACUUCCUUUCUCUCUCUUCCCUUGGCAGCGGAUGGAGUUCACUGGGGGGGGCCUGAUCCUGUGACCCAAUGUGCCCACCAACUAAUAAAGGCGAUGGCAGGCUGGUGACUUUA